GUUUUAUUCUUGUGCAAAACAAAUCUGUACUGAGGAAAAGUCCAGAGCUGUUUCUGCCUGCAGAGCAGAGCUGCUGAAUCAUCUUUCAUACUCUGAAGGAGACGAGUGCAGAAAAACAAACAUUGGCGUGAAUCAGCGGAUUAAGAUCAGAAGGGUUUAAGCCAGUUUGAACUGCACUGAUGGCUCCUCGUGGCUGUCUCAUCCUGCUGCUCCUGGGCUGGAUAUCAGCCGGUCUGUCGUGCUUUUGUGACCGCUACCCAUGGGGAUCCUGGAUGGCCUGCUCAAGGACCUGUAACCAUGGCACACAGCAGAGACACAGGAAAAUUCAGUAUGAUGAUUAUUACUGGAGGAGCAGCUGCCAUCAGCUGUGUGAGAGUCACGACAGAAGAGCCUGUAAUGAGCAAGCCUGUCCGAUCAACUGCUUACUGACAGAGUUUGGGACUUGGUCUGACUGCUCCCCCUGUGCCCAGAAACAGUUGCGGACUCGAUCUGUCCAGAGGCCGUCCCAGUUUGGCGGCUCAGCCUGCAGCGUGGAGCUGACAGAGGAGCGACCCUGUUACGCUUCCACGGAGUGCAAGUUGGCACCAGUCACCUGCAAAGACAACUUUAAGUGUGAUAACAAGCGCUGCAUCAACGCCACACUAACGUGCAACAGACAGAACGACUGUGGCGAUAACUCGGAUGAGAGGGACUGCGCCGACUUCAAAAUAGUGUGCCCAGCUGAGAAGAAAGUGGCUCCGGGGGCCGACCUGGUGGGAAACGGGUUUGAUGCUUUAGCCGAGGAGCCGCGGGGAGCGGUGCUCGACAACAUGUUCAUGGGAGGAAGCUGUAUCGUCCGACGACCUCGAAACACACUUCUUUAUCACCGAAUCCCUCACAAUUUUGAGAGCUUUGACAUUAAGGUUGGUGAGUUGGAGGAUUUUAGCGUCGAACCCCAGGUGCUGCACUCGGAGUCCAUCAACUUGAAGACGUCCAGGGACAGCGAGCAACAGCAAUCUAUCCAUUUGCCAUUUUUUCUCUUUUUCCUAAGAACGUAUGUCAGUUCUUCUGCAUUUGAAGCUUCAAAGAAGAAGGACUCCAAGUUCUUCCGGGUGCACCAGGUUCUACCGGUGUCCACGUUCAAGGUGAAGGACCCCGCUGACCUCGUCCUGUCGACGCCCUUCCUCCAAUUUCUCCAAGCUCUUCCUCUGCAGUACAACUACGCCCUCUACAGGGACAUCUUCCAGCGUUUCGGGACGCACUACUACAGCUCAGGGACACUAGGAGGACACUACGACCUGCUGUACCAGUACAGCAGAGAAGAGCUCACCAGUUCAGGUGAAACAGAGGAUCAUGUUUCAGGCUGUCUGCUCCAGGAGACCAGCUGGUCCAUCGUACUGUACACCCACCAUCCUCGGACCUCCAAAUGCACCACUGAAAAGAUGACUCAGAAAUAUCAAGGUUCAUACAUUCAGGCAGCAGAGAAGUCUUUCUCCAUGGUAAAAGGAGGACGGGCCAGAGAGGCAGCAGCUCUGGCCUGGGAGAGGCAAGGACCUGCCCCAGACCGAACAUCCUACAAGAACUGGGCCAAAUCCGUCAUCGACAACCCAGCUGUGGUCAACUACAAGAUGCUACCUAUCAUUGACCUGGUCCACGGGAUCCCUUGUGCCAAAACAAAGAGGAGGCACCUGAGGAAGGCUCUGCAGCAGUACCUGGAGGAGUUUGAUACCUGUAAGUGUGCACCUUGUCCCAACAACGCCAGGCCGGUUCUCAGCGGCACAGAAUGCAAGUGCGUCUGUCAAACUGGCACGUUUGGUCCCAACUGCGAAACACGGGCUCCAGACUACACUUCAGAAGUUGUGGACGGUUACUGGAGCUGCUGGGCACCAUGGAGUCACUGCGAUGCAUCCAUGAAGAGACAUCGGAAGAGAAAGUGCAAUAACCCUGCCCCCCUGAGAGGAGGACAGUCUUGCGAGGGUCCAGACAGACACGAGGAGCCGUGUCACAUCUCCAUCUUUGAAAAACAGGAAUCAUGUGACAACGAUGAUGACUUCACGGUGGGUUGGAGGGAUGAACUGCCAGCUGGUGUGCAGGGCUGCCUGAGGCCCCAGAGGCCGGCCAACAGCUUCCUCAGGAAAGCAAAGCAGUACUACGAUUUCGGUGAAGAUGAGGAGUUUCAGUGCUUCACAGGUUUUCAGCUGGAAGGUUUCCAGUUCAUCAACUGCCUUCCUGAUGGAACAUGGAGUCAGCCAUCAGGAAGCUGCAUCAGGAAGUUAUGUCUUCCUCCAGAGAUCCCUGAUGGAAUGACCCUUUUCCCAAAUAAAGAUCAGUACAAAGUGGGCGAGUCCGUGGGUUUGAACUGUGAUGAGGCCGGGCUGAAGCCGCUGCCACGAGGCUUCUACAAGUGUUCCACCAGCGUUAUGUGGGAUCCUCCGCUGCCGGCCGACCUACGCUGUACCAAUGAGGAACCGUUUCUUCCUGAGACUCGUUGUGGACCAGGAGAGAAACUGCAGGACUCUCGAUGUGUCUGCAUCCAGCGGGAGAGUUGUCUAUCACACACAGAGAAUCUCUGCGUCCUGAAUGUAGACAUCGGGGUCAUCGUGCCAAUGUCACUGUGCUCCUUCCACGUGGGCCGUUGCUAUGGUGACCCGCUCUUCUUUGUCAUCGAGGGAACGUGCGAUCAGGUCGACGUAGCCAAACAGGAAUGGGCGAAGUUCCGAGCAAAAAUGGCUUCCAAGAGCUCUGUUCAGGUUCCCUGCAACCUUGACACCUGCUAUGAGUGGGAAACCUGCUCCGCAUCAAAAACGUGUGACUGUCGAGCUGCUCGGGACUGUCCAAGAAAUGAAGGGCACAUGUUCUGUGUGAAGCUGACCAGAACCCAGAGGACUCGCAGCAUGGGCCUUUGCUCUAUGGCCGCAUUCAGAUGUGCUCACCACCCGCUUGAGGUCCUUAGUGAAGGUGUCUGUGAGUCCAGAUGAGCCGACUGAAAGUCCUUAUCAAACCAAAAGACCACAAUUAGCUAAAAUAGUUAACUAGAAAUUAAAAAUAUGUUUAAAGAAAAAAUUAUACAAAAACAGAUUGUUUGCACUGCAACCUACAACUACAAAUCCACACAUUAGCACUACUUGCACUGUAUUUUACCUUGAAACAUAUUAACUGCUUUAUAUACAUGAGGAACCAAACUUAAAAAAAAAUAAUAAUAAACUACAAUGUCAAUUUGAUAUCAGUGAAGGAAACAAAAGAAUUUUGUAAAUGUGAUAGUGUACACUCUAUUUGAAAAGCUUUCUGUAUAUAUAAGAGAGUUAACCAGGAAAUCAGGAGUGUACCAUAUUAUUCCAAGUACAAGAUUGUAGGUUUUUUAAUACAUCUGGAAAAAAUGGGGCUGUCUUAUAUUUAGGAUGUAUAAUUAAAAGUGUCACACACAUCGUUAAGGGUAGGAGUCAUCCUUAAAAGUGCAUGAGUUGGGUAAAUAAUGAUUCAACCUUAAAGUCCAUGGUGAUAAAUACACCAGAGUCAACAAACAACUCUCAAGCAGCCAAUAACUACAGUAUGAGAAUGUAAUGUCAGAAGAUUAUGAGCCAAAAAUGACCUUAAUAUGCUAACAUUCAGAAAACAUUGUCAGUGCGUGGGUGAAAAAAGAAAUGAAGGGUUGGCCAUAAAAUGGUCUUGGUGUUAUGGUGGUAUGGUUUUAUUUGCAUUUUGUCAAAAUACAGUGAAAGUACAUUUUUUUAAUUGCUCAUAACAAAGUCUUUUGCCAAAAAUAUGUCUUUCAGGAUCUUAAGGAUUAUCUGCCUUCCAAUUAGGAACAAAACAGUCCUUAAGUGUCACGUAUCUUGUUGAAGUAAUAGCUUCAUGCUACUUUCCUGUUAUUGACCCAAAUUUAACACAAAAAUAUAUUUUUGGGUUGAUUACAAAAAUGAAGUGUGCUGCAAAAAGGCAAAGUUUUAAAAGCAUUUCUUUUGGCUUGUACACAUCAGCUGAUUUCAGAGGAACAUAUUUACUAGUUUUCAGUAUUAGGUUCACGUACGUAUAUCUUUGGGAUAAUUCUUUCUCAUACACUCUGAGCUGAAUGCUGAGAAAAACAAAAUAACUUUUGUGUUCACGCCAAACAAGCAUCAAUGCUGAUCACUUUGACCUGUUCCCUGGCGCACCUUGUGGCCCCGACCUCACACUCGCUCAUCGUCACGCCAGCGCUGCCACUGCCGGUGAUGACACACAGGGGGGUGGAGUCUUCAGGACACUCUGACAGACUUUGACAAAUGCAUUUUCCUGUUGUUUCUGCAAGAAAAAAAAAACAAAACAUAAUUGUAGCUGUUGAACUGCAGAAGGUCAGACGUGAUUUGUCCAGUUGUUGCGUCAUGUUAAAUCGUAC